UCAAGUUCACUUUCAUUUCCUGCCUCACCAGUCCCUUGGUGAGUACAUCAGGAACUUCACUAAAGACUUGUUUCCUCCUCUACAGGGACUCAGGACUUCUCCACAGGAUUCAGAGGAGUAUAAACUUCAGAGUCAGGACAGACAGGAGCAGGGAAGCAGCAUCCAUGGCUUCAUCUGUACUGGAGAGUAUCAACGAGGAGGUGACCUGCCCCAUCUGCCAGCAGCUCAUGACAGAACCUGUGAGCGCUGACUGUGGCCACACUUUCUGUAAACCGUGCAUUACUGCAAGACACGAGGCCACGCAACAUGAACAAGGAGAGAGCCACUGCCCUGUGUGCCGAGAUGUUUAUCAGUUUGAAAACCUGAGGCCCAGUUAUCUUGUGGUGAACAUGGUGGAGAAGCUCAGGGAGUUAACACUGAGCACAAAGGCAGAUCACUGUGACCUCCAUGGGGAGAAACUCCUGCUGUUCUGUAAGGACGAUGGGAAGGUCAUUUGCUGUCUGUGUGAGCAUUCUCAGCAGCACCAUGAUCACAAGGUAGUUCUCAUGGAGGAGGCUGUAGAGGAGUAUCAGGAGAAGCUCCAUCAAGUGUUGGAGAAACUAACUAAGGAUGAGAAAGAGUGUGAGAAGUGGAAAACUCACAUCAAACAAGAAAGAACUUCUUGGAAGGCAAGAAAGUACACUUUCUAAGUCUGGUAGCCAUAAAUCUGACAGGAUCUUGCGGAAGAAGUCCUUUCUUCUUUAUUCUCUGGCACUUGUUGAGUCCAGACAUUUGAUGAGUCCUAUGCAUGCUCUUCCUUUUGGGAGUGUGGUCUGGAGCGGGACUGUCACCAAUGGGUACUGCUGUUGGGAGGGAGGUGAUCACACUGAGGGGUCAGGGGAACACAGCUAGUGAAUGCUGUCCUGUGUGCCUGUGGCGGUUGUUGAGGGGGACAUUUGACAAUGGAUUGUGAUUCUGUCUUCUGUGUUCAAGUUCUGGUAGAGAGUGCACAAAGAGAGUGAGGAGUACAGCAGGGAAAUGGGAAGUGCUGAAGAGCUGGGAAUUGUGGGUAUCCCGUUUGGGGCAGGGAGAACCUUGAUGAGGUUGAUUUAUUUAAUGAUAGGAAAGGAAAUUCACAGGAAUACUGCCUCCCUAUGUACUUCUCCUGGGCUGGAGAUCAGCUUAGUGGCACAGUGCCUACCUGGCAAGGCAGUUGUGAGUUUGAUUCCAUGUAAACACCUCCCACCCCAAAAGAACUUCUUACCUCCCUUCUUCUGACAAAUUCAUAGUGAAAAGUGUUAUUUUUCUGGCUUACAACCUCAUGUGACUGAGUGACACUCUCUCUCAUUCCUGAAGCAUCAAAUACAGGAGGACAUAUUUAGUGUCCGGAUUGCGUUUAAGCAAAUGAGAGCCAUCCUGGACUCUGAGGAGAAGACUCAAGUUCAUAAACUGAAGAGAGAGGAGGAAGGUAUUCUGAAUGGCCUGGAAGAGUCUGAAAGGGAGCUGACCCAGCA